AUGCUUUUACUCAAAAUCCUGUCGUUUUUAUCAGUGUUGUGUAUAUCAAAGUGUACGGAUGACUUGAAAGAACAAUGCAAAGACGACUACAGGGAUUCAAAAAACAUUGCGAUCGAUAUAAAAAAAUUUUGUUCUGACGAAUGGUGCAUACAAAAAUGUUGCCCUCUUGAUUCCUGCUUUAGUCCUGCCGGUUUUUGUAUAAAGAUUCAAGAUCUCCGUAAGAAAAUCAGUGCAAAAUUUGAAAACGUAUUCACAUCAAUCCAGAAUGACAACAUUACCUUCUAUUCAAAUACGGAGCCUAGACAUGAAAUUAAAAAACCUUUUAAAUACAUUAUAAACCAUAAAAAUAUGACAAAGUGCGGAGAUUUUAAACCAUUCGACAGCGAAUAUUAUUUUAUACAAAACGCAUCGGUUAAGAUAUAUGAUCCAGAAUAUUCCAAGCAAUGGUAUAAUCUCACUUAUUUAGAAUAUUGUGUAGACAACAAACUCGUACUCUUACGAAAUGGACCCACAUUUAUAUUAGUAAUCAAAGAAUAUUUUCAAUUCUCCGAAGAUAAUGGACUAAAUGAUACCCUACUUUUUAUAGGCCUCCUGAUUUCAUCGGUGUUUUUGUUGCUGGUAUUUAUAGUCCAUUGUAUGUUAAAAACGCUGCAUUCCACUUUCACGGGACUUUUAAUGAUGGCGUACACCAUAACAAUUCUACUAGGCUUCAUAGUCAAAGUCAUCAUGCAAGCAACAAUUGGAUAUAUGACUCCUAAGAGCUGUAAAAUAAUAACUCCUUUCCUAUAUUUUCUAUUGAUGUCCAGUUUCUUCUGGUUAAAUGCUUUCUCUUUUUGUAUUUGGCGGGGAUUAAGAAAAUUUGAAGUAUUUAGAGCAUCACGGCGGCAGAAGCUGCUAAGUUUCAUGCGAUACAGUCUGUACGCAUGGGGUGCACCGCUAGUGAUCACUGGUAUCGUCACCUUCUUAGACAACAUCGACAUUAAAAAACUGAAAUUUAUCAUCAAACCACCAUUCGACGACUGUUUCAAAAAUAAAUAUGGAAUUCAAAGGUACUAUUUCAUACCGCUGGGUAUAAUAAUGUUCAAUAACAUAGUCUUGUUCAUAAUGACGAUUUACCAUAUAAUGACAACCACCAAUAGUACAAAAAGUAAUGCAGAAUUUAGACGAAGUGGCAGGGGAAACAGCUACAAGACUUACUUAAAACUGUCACUUACUAUGGGCAUCAGUUGGGUCCUCGAGUUGAUUCCAAACUCUGAUAACACAUUCCUCUUCAUCCUGAGCAACACAUACAACAGUCUAAUCGGAGUCAUCAUAUUUUUCGUGUAUAUUUGCGACAAGAACGUUUUGAAUGAACUGUGCAAAAAGUUCAAUAUACAAAACGAGUUUGUAAUUAAGCUGGCGCACCGUAAAUCCUUGUUCAGACUAGCGAGGUCAAUGAAGGCAAACCGUGAAGAAUUGACUAGUAUGCAAACUACUACCACAGGACUAAGUUCUGAAGUCGAAAAUAAAAUAUCUUUAAUUUAA